AUGGUAAGAGAUAAAGAUUUACAUCCAAUUCACCCUGGGGAAAUAUUAAGGGAGGAAUUAUUAAAAACUUACAAACUUACUCCCCAACAAUUAUCCCAAAGCAUUAAAGUUGAGGAGAAUAUUGUCAAGGAAAUAUUAAAAGAAAAACGGGAUAUUACACCUGAACUCUCUUAUCGUCUAGCCGAUAGAGAAAAGAGUUGA